AUGGCAGACCGCAAUCACCCCUCGGCCAAGCCCGCGGCUCGUACUGUGCUCAACCUGGGCAACCUCCCUCCCAAGCGCCAGGGCUUCGGAGCAGCCAACAAUGUCCCCCGGACGGCUUCGCGUGUUGACCCGAACAACCCUCCGUGGCCCGCGUACCGAGGCUACCACGAGUUCAGCUUUGCCCAUGAAACGAUGGGAAAGCGGCUGCCCACUAUCCUCGGAAAGGCCAUUGACGAUACGAUCAAGACGCUCAACGAGCAGUCGGACGAAGACCUGAUGAUUGAUCUCAACAAGUGCAUCGAUCGCAUGCAUGUCCUCAUGCAGGACCUGCAGAGCAACGCCAAGCUCCGCUCCAUUGUCGACGAUGGCGAGGGCGACAUUCCCCUGUGGAACCGGGAGCUGGCCAAGUUCUUCCGCGAAUCGACGUUCCUCAACAGCCCCUGGCUCUUUGCCGAGGCGUACAAGUACCGCCGCCUUCAUGAAUGCUUCAGCAUUUCCAAGUACUGGCGCGACUACGACGUCUUCUUCCGUCAGAAGUGCGACACCUUCUCGCGCUCGGGCACGGCCGUCUUUGAGCUGUCGCAGCGCUUCGCAGACCCAUUCCACUACGAGGCCGGCGCCAGCGAGGACGAAAAGCUCAAAGCGCGUAAGCUAGUCUUCCACGAGCUCACACAGGUCUGCCUUUGGGGCAACGCCACCGACCUGUCGCUGCUGAUCAACAUGACUGAGGAGGACAUCAAGAGCCUGCAGAGCACCGGAGGAGAGCACCUUGCUGCCACAGAGAAGAACAUCCUCGGGAACCAUCUCGAAAACAUUUGGGAGCUGUGCAAGAAGCUGAAGGGUGGCCGCAUCGACUUCGUCCUCGACAAUGCCGGCUUCGAGCUGUACUGCGACUGCGUGUACGCCGACUGGCUGAUCCAGAGCGGCAUCGCAAACGAGAUCCACUUCCACGGCAAGCGCUUUGCCUGGUUCGUCUCGGACGUGACGCGCAAGGACUGGAACUGGCUCCUCAACUCCAUGACCUACGGCUCCCUGUUCCCUGAUGCCAACGAUGAUCAGAUUGCGUCGCUGCGACAGAUGGGCGAGCGCUGGAAGCAGUACGAGCGCGAAGGAAAGUGGAUCUACGCCCAGCACCCCUUCUGGGCCACGGGCUACACCUUCUGGAGUCUGUCCAGCGAGGCGCCCGAUCUUUUCCUAGACCUGAGCAACAGCGACCUCGUUAUUUUCAAGGGCGACUUGAACCACCGCAAGCUCACGUACGACUGUCAGACUCCUGCGGAUCUGCCGUUCGACAUGGCCAUUGGACCACUUGCCAACGAGGACGGUGCGCCACCCGUGGCCAGUCUCCGGACGAUCAAGUCGGACGUCGUCGUCGGCGUGGACAAGCAGGUGGCCGACCGCCUCGACGAGCAGGAGCCCGGCUGGCGCAUCAGCGGCAAGUACGCCGUCGUUCUUCUGUCCGAGGGCCGCAAGGGCGUCCCGGUCAGGUUUGACAGCAAGUAG